GAGCAUGGGGUGUUUUUGAAUAAUUAUUAAAAUGAGCAUGUGUCUGCGCCAUCCUGUGGGUGUGGCGCAGAGCAGAGUGUAAACUCUAGCGGGGCCGGAGCAAACAUUGGCUUAGAGGCAGCAGCUGCCAGCUUGUGCCUAGGAGUGUGGGGACCAGCACAGCGGCAGGCAGACCGGCACCAUGGCCUCGUCUCAGGGGAAAAACGAGCUGAAAUUCGCCGACUGGAUGGCAACUCUGCCUGAGAGCAUCCACAGCAUCCCCCUCACCAAUUUAGCCAUCCCAGGGUCCCAUGAUUCUUUCAGCUUCUACAUUGAUGAAGCCUCUCCAGUAGGCCCCGAACAGCCAGAAACUGUCCAAAACUUUGUCUCUGUGUUUGGGACUGUAGCCAAGAAACUGAUGCGGAAAUGGUUAGCCACUCAGACAAUGAGCUUCACUGGUCAGCUGGGAGCCGGGAUCCGUUACUUUGACCUUCGGAUUUCCACGAAGCCCAGAGACCCAGACAACGAACUGUACUUUGCUCAUGGCUUAUUCAGUGCCAAAGUCAAUGAGGGUCUUGAAGAGAUCAAUGCAUUUCUCACAGAUCACCACAAGGAGGUAGUAUUCUUGGACUUCAACCACUUUUAUGGAAUGCAGAAGUAUCAUCAUGAAAAACUGGUCCAAAUGCUGAAAGACAUCUAUGGAAACAAAAUGUGCCCAGCCAUUUUUGCCCAGGAAGUGAGUUUAAAGUACUUAUGGGAGAAGGACUAUCAAGUAUUAGUCUUCUACCACAGUCCAGUGGCUCUGGAAGUGCCCUUCCUCUGGCCUGGGCAGAUGAUGCCAGCACCCUGGGCGAACACGACAGACCCUGAGAAACUGAUCCAGUUUCUUCAGGCAUCCAUCACUGAAAGAAGAAAAAAAGGCUCAUUUUUUAUAUCUCAGGUGGUACUGACACCCAAAGCAAGCACUGUGGUCAAGGGUGUGGCAAGCGGCCUCAGAGAAACAAUCACAGAAAGAGCUCUUCCUGCCAUGAUGCAGUGGGUCCGCACCCAGAAGCCUGGAGAGAGUGGCAUCAAUAUUGUCACUGCUGACUUUGUAGAACUUGGUGAUUUCAUCAACACUGUCAUAAAACUCAACUAUGAGUUUGAUGAAGGAGAAGCCAACACUUGAUAUUAUUCUUUGGAGGGUCCAUGAGUACGAUAGAGAAGCCUCAUUGUAUUAGACAUAUUAUCAAUAAGCCCUCUAAUUUUCUUAUUCCACUCAGUAUCUGAAGGAAUUAUGACUGUAAGUGGGUGGGAAAAGAGGGUAAACCAUGUCUUCACUGAUUGUAACCAUAUUCUGCAUUGCUAUAAAUACGUCAUUUCCUAAUUGGUGAGCAAAAUCUUCUAGUGUUAGGAAUAGUAAAGAACAAUGAAUUUGUUUCUCAGAAUUAAUGUUUGUGACAUGUUUGUGACUCAUGAGUGUUUACUUGAUUGCAUUUUCAACCUCUGGCUCUUAUAUUAUUCAUAUCUUGUGCCCUUUCCACUCCCUCUCUCUUGCUCGCUCUUCCUAAUUAGAUGCUAUAUGGGUCUCCAAACAAUUGAAUGCCCAGUAUAAUGUGUAUUGCACUGCUGUACAGAAACAUAUCUGUUUUGUGAGACUUGGUAAAAUAUUCCAUAGUGAUCUGCAAUUGGGAAAUUAUAGCUAAUUCUUGGUCAUAGAAAAUAUCCAUCAAAUUCGUUUCCUGCAUCAGUAAUAUUGGCAGUCAUUAGUGAUUUUUGUGUUUUAUGAAAAUAAUGGUGUUUCUCAGUAAGUCUGUGUGAGGCAGCUAUGACCAUCAUUCAAACAGGUUUUGUCAACUCCAUAGUGAAAAAAAAAGGAAAAAGAAUUAUAUAUGCAGAGACAGAUUCUAUUUUAAUUCAUCAAGGUCUUAAGGAAAAAUGCCCUACAGACGUCAAGCUCCAAGUAUAUGAAAAUCAGAAAAAAGGUUUAAAUCUUUUAAAACUUCUUUUAAUAAUUAUAUUUUUUCUAAAAAUCAAAAAAGAAAGAGCACAAGACUCUCUUAUAAAAUUGAGAUUCUAAAUGUAUAAUUCUAAAACCAAGAUUAUGAAAAA